GAGCGACAAACAUGAAAGAGCAUGGCGCAGCUCAGUCAGGCAUGAGUGAGAACUUCAGUUCAAAACCAGCUUCAUCAGCAGAACCCAGACUGAUAACAUGGCGGAUAUCGAGGACUUCGGAAAUAUAGAAGUCAUUUUUCAGGAUGAAGAGGAUAAAACAGCUCCACGGUGUCCUCACGGACCUACAGUCCUGUUCGAGAUAAAGUGCAAAGGAGAGAAGAAUGGAAGGAGAUUUUAUGCCUGUUCUGCAUGUCGUGAUAGAAAAGAGUGCAACUUCUUUCAGUGGGAGAACGAAAAGGUGUCAGAGGCAAGGUUGCUUGCAAGAGAGCAGCAGAACCUAUCAAAGAUGCCUCCUUUUUCUCAUGCGCAGUACUGCGCAAGAUUCAGAGAGUAUGCGUCUCUUCCACUGGAUCAAAGGAGGUUUUGUGUGGAUUGUCAGAUCCUGCUACUUCCUGGAGAAUGGAGCGGUCACUCCUCACACCACAUGCUUUCUGACAUCACAGUGUCACAGCUGAGGAGGCCCAGUCUACUGCUGUGUCCUUUGGAGAAUAAGAAGAGCAAUGCACAAUACCUGUUUGCUGACCGCAGCUGCCAUUUUCUCCUUAAUGUGCUUUCUGGAUUAGGAUUCAGGAAGGUUCUCUGUGUGGGGACACCACGAUUCCAUGAACUAAUUAAGAUGCAAAGCAUAGACAACAAGAGUGACCCCAUCAAGAGUUUACUACUGGAUAUUGAUUUCAGAUAUUCUCAGUUUUAUGGGCAGGACGAAUUCUGUCAUUAUAACAUGUUUAACCAUCAUUUCUUUAAUGGAGAGGAAGCAGCCAAAGCUUUCCUAGACUUCCUGACUGAGGAUGGAUCUAAAGUUGUGAUGGUGGCAGACCCACCCUUUGGAGGUCUGGUGAAGCUGCUUGGCCACACAUUCUCGAAGAUAUCAGAGACAUGGAGAAAGCUUCAAGGUGCAGAGAGCAGUGUGUCCGAGAUGCCUAUGGUGUGGAUAUUCCCAUACUUCUUUGAACCACGGAUUCUUAACUGCUUUCCUUCCUUUACUAUGUUGGAUUAUCAGGUAGAUUAUGAUAACCACCCUUUGUACAAGCAUGGAAAGUCUGGCCGGAAGCAGUCUCCUGUCCGACUGUUCACCAACCUCUGUCCCAAAGACAUCGUCCUGCCAAAGGAGGAAGGCUACAGAUUUUGCAGCAUUUGUGAGAGAUACGUAUCAGCAGAGAACAAGCACUGCUCCAUAUGUAACGCAUGCACAUCAAAGAAUGGAAAAGAAUGGAAGCAUUGUCCAGAAUGUGGAAAGUGUGUGAAGCCCUGUAAGUAUGCGAAUUUCGCAAGCUUGUUACAGAUAACAGUAAGAUAUGGGUUUGGAGUUCAGUACUUAAAUUUCAAUCAGCUCCACUGGAUCUUGACACUGUAUUGGUUCUACUUAUGUUUUGUGCUGAUUGACUUUGCUCCUGUCUCCGUCCCUCAGCCUGGCUCCACUGUUCCUUGUGUGGUCACUGUACACUCCCAAAUCAUCAGUGUGGGCAGACGGGCUGUUACAGCUGUGGAGACCAAGGGCACAAGCGCAGAGCCUGUCCCAGCAAAGGCAAGAAAAACUUACAGCAGCAGAAGAGUGAUAAAGGAGCUCAACGGACAUUCAACCGUGGCACCAACAAAACCACAGGCAAAAAGAAGAGAGGCAAAAAUGCACACGGGAAGAAGAAAAUGGUCAGAUGACUUCUCACUCACAGUGAAUUGUUAAAGUCAUGUGCUGUGCAAGUGUACACUGAUGGUCACUGUAAGUCACUCAGCCUGCCUAUCUUCUCUGUGUGAGUGGAACAUUAUAAGGGCUGACUUAUGAACUUUUUGUAGUCCACUGAAUCAUCAAGGCAUUCAGGGGUAUCCUGGAAUGCUUUAAACUGCAUUUUAAGAUAUGAGAGUCAGAGUCAAACCCUUGUUUUACAUUUUGGUUUGAAGACUUAAACUUUCACAUUUGUGGAACUUUUUAACUGUGGAGAGUGGAGAAAAAACAAUUGCGCAACAGGAACAUGCCAUAUGUGGAGUAUACUGAAGUAAUAGAACAUAAGAGGGAGUGUGUUAUCAUGAAUAACAGCACAGCCGUGCUGUUAAUCACAAUAAUGCACUACCUCAAGUGUUACAGUCAUGGCAAAAAAAAUGUGCUGUUAUCAGAUAUAAGUUGAAAUGUCUUAUCCAUGCUCUCAGAUUGAAUGUUAUCUGAUAACACUUGAUUAAAUUUCCCAGUUUUAUAAAUAAAAUUGUUGGUUGAAGUAUCUGCUUUAGCUGCAUAUACAAUGAAUAAGCAGUUAUUUAAUUGUUCAGUUUUAUUUAAUAUAUUAAAAUAGGUCAUCUGUGCUAUGCGCACUUUUACACUUUGAAUAAUUUCUAGUCUUUCUAGUGUUAAUCAAAGAACAAAAUGUAAAUUGAAACCUGAGUGUCUCAAUUUAUGUCCUAAUGAUUCUGCAUUUUUAGACUUAGUUUAAAGCCAGAGUUUCCAGAACUGUUAGUGUUAAAACCACUUCCACUGUAAUAGUGUUCUUAGUAAUACUUGAUAUACUCCUUAUCAUAGUAUGAUCCGUAUCGUAGAGCUUUUUUAGAAACCACACCCUGAAGAAGCUUGCAAUGGCUCUCUAAAUUCAUAAUUAUAAUGCCUUUUUUGGACAGUAAUGACGAGUAUGUUCUGAUCUUCCUGUGGAAUUACAAUCUACAGUGUUUAUAGUGUCAGUCCAUUUGCAAUUAUUAAAAUAAGCAAGUUAAAUUACACAAUAAAUACAGUAAAGUGAACAGUUUACAACACCUGGACUUCAGUCCAAGUAAACAAGCAGUACUAAAACAAAAUUCCAGCCAAUGAAAAAAAAAAAAUUAACAGUGAAAGCACAAAUGCAUUAAUUGUACUUUUGUACAGGCUA